CACACACGCAUGUCGUGGCGCUGCCAAUAUCUUAUCGCCGUUGUCAAAGCGCUCACUGUUAACGCCAAGCGCACAACCUAUCUGCUAAGCGCUGUCAUUGCGUCAGUUGCCUUUGGUCAAACGCGUGACUAACGACAAAUGAAAAACUGGCGCCGGCAAACGGUGAACUGCAUUGUGACGGGUGCACAGACGGGUGAUAAUUUCCAAACAUAUCAACUUGUUUACACACACAAUACCGGUUUGGCAAAUAGCGGAGCGUAAGUAGCGAACAGCGUAGCGGAGUGUUGUGCAAAUGGAAAUUAUUUGAAAAAAAAAAAAUUAAAUGCAAAUAAAAAAACACGAAAAUACAAUGGCAAACAAAACAGUUGACAAAGAUUACAAAAAAAAAAAACUAAUUUUAGUUUAACAUUAAAUAAAUAAGUGGAAAAUAAAGAACUGUAAAUCGAACUAGAUAAUUUAUGAGCGCAGCGCGCCGCAGCGUAAGCGCUAUGGGGCGUCUACUCGAAGGCGAAUUGAAGUCAGUUGUUGAGUUGCGAUAAUAUUGGCAAGUGAUCGACGCAGCGUUGAGCGGCUGACGAGCGUUUGCUUUUUCAUAGCAAAUAUUAAUAAUAAUAAUCAGAUCUGAGUGCGCGCGCGAAGUAUUAUUUGUGGUUGGUGGCCGAAAAUGUGUGCGUGAUGAAGUUGCAGAAACGAUGCUGGCAUUGGCGCCUACUGCUGCUGCCCUUAGCGCUGCUGCUGUUCACUUGCAUCUUCAGCUACGUGCAAUUCGUCGAGCAUGAGUAUGCAGACCUGCAAGCUGAACGCUACGAACAGGCGCAAGUGCUGCCUGUUGCCGCGGAGAGCGCGCUUAGCGACUACGUAAUAGCGGUGCGUGAAUUCCUGGCUGCGGCGCCGACAGAAACGCUAACGGCGCCGUGGGAAUUUUAUCAUUACAAUGCGGCACGUAGCGUUGCGAUUGGCGCCUUGCGCGCGUUACCCGAUACACGGGACGCUAGCUGCACAGCGCGUCCCUUCCAUCUGCCGACGCAACGUGCGCGCGUUUCCAUCAUCAUCGCGUUUCACAAUGAGGCACGUUCAGCGCUCUUGCGUACCGUAAUGACAUUGUAUCACCGCACUCCGCAGCGCUAUCUGCACGAGCUGAUACUGAUCGAUGACUGCAGCGCGGAUGUUGAUCUGCUGCCGGCUAUGCUUAACCUUCAGCUACCGCCAUUUAUGCGUAAUUUUUCAUCUUCGUCACCGCCAAUGACGACCGCAAACUAUGCUAGCUUACAUCCUUCGGCAAAUUCGAGCGACAGCGCGCCCACUUCACAGCCGCAAGUUACAAUUAAGAGUGCGCGUAAUACGCAACGAUUGGGCGUGAUUGUAUCACGUAAUCGUGGCGCUCGUCUUGCCACCGGCGAUUAUUUACUCUUCCUCGACAGUCAUUGUGAGGUUAAUGUAGGCUGGCUAGAGCCAUUGCUGGAGCGUUUGGCUAUAGGCGCGGCAGCCGUCAGCCCUGUGUUGGAUAGCAUUAAUGCGGAAUCAUUGGAGUAUACGGCGAGUUCGAAGUAUCUCAUGGGUGGUUUCGAUUGGAAUUUACACUUUCAUUGGAUACCGCGACCGCAAUCAACGCAAUCACAGUCACAGCGUGGCGACAAAUACAAGCAGCAGCAACAACAGCAGCAAGCAUUCGCAGAAUCUUUAAACGGGCAUGCCGCAUUCAGUUGGGCGCGCAGAAGAUUUAACGAGGCGCGCUCGCAACACAACACAAAUACCGCCGCAACGGCAUUCAAAAGCCCUACUUUUGCUGGUGGAAUAUUUAUGAUCUCUCGGGAAUGGUUUAAUAAAUUAAAUGGCUUCAACCCACUACUGCAGACUUGGGGUGGCGAGUCCAUUGAAUUCUCCAUUAAAUUGUGGCUUUGUGGCGGACAAAUCGAGAUUGUGCCAUGUAGCCGGGUCGGGCAUAUUUUUCGCAAACAGCAUCCAUUUCAUUUUCCCAAUGGCAGCGAUAGCCAGACAACAUAUCUCAGAAAUUCAAAAAUCAUUGCCGAAUCCUGGUUGGACGCCUACAAAUAUUUCUUCUACGCCUCCAAACCGGCGGCCAAGCAAAUACCCCUCAGCAGCAACGACACAGAGCAAACCCAUCAGUUGAGGCGCGCUCUCAAUUGCCAGCCAUUCUCUUGGUAUUUGCAGAAUGUUUUCCCGCAACUCAAACUGCCCAAUGAUGACUUUAUCGCAUUUGGCGCACUAAGCUCCGGCGAGCUUUGCCUGCAUAUCGCCAAUUAUGCCACCAGUCAGCUACGUAUGACUAGCUGCUUCCAAAAUGACGUUACUCACUGGUAUCUGCACCGACACAAUUCUCAAUUGCAAGCGAGUUCCGGUACGUGUCUCCACGUAGUCGCCGAUGUGCCAAUGCGCGCGACGAAGCUGAGAAACUCAACGCGUUCGACGCAUUUUCGUGUUGUGCUGCGGCCAUGCGUCGAUCAGGAAGUCGGCGAGCGCGGACAUAAUCAGCGCGCGAAUCAAAAACAGACACCGAAUCAACGUUGGUUGCGACGCGGUGGCUUGUUGGUGCACCAGCAGACGCAGUUAUGUCUCGAUAAUCCGCUAAGCGAUGUGGUUGUCGUCAGUCAUUGCCGCAAUGCCGCGCCGUCACAGCUGUUUCGCUUCGCCAUGGAACUGCAGCGACUGUAAUGGCAAUAACGGGGCGAGAUACUGUGUGCCCGUAUUUUGGCAUGAUUCUCCACACUGUGGGAGGGUAGGUGUGUUGUAUACGCAAUUUGCGGUUUGCCGGAUUUGUAAGAUAGAAAUCAAAUAUGGCAACACUGCCAUAACUGUAGGUACUAAAGAGUAACUGUAAUGUAUCUCAGACUUUUUUCAGCAGCUGCUUAAUUUAGAACCCUAUUAUAAGAUAUUUAAGUUCAAUUUAAAUUAAGUGUUUAAUAACAAUAAAACGAAUUAUUUAUUGAAUUCAAAGUAUGCUCUCUA